UUGAAAGCAGAACGGAAUUCACCCCACCAAGCAACCUCUCUCUCUCUCUCUCUCUCUCUCAGAGAUUACACACACAGAGAUUACUUAUAAGGGUUUGUUAGCCUAGACGUUUGCAUCAAUCUCUGGUAGAGAGAGACCUCUUUGUUUAAGCCUUCCUCGCCAGCUUUUCCCUUCCUUUGCCUUUCAAUCUCUAACGAAACACACAUCUCCUUAUAUAUCUCUCCUUUCUCUGUCUCCUUUCUCAUCAUCGUCUUCUUCUUCUGCUUCUUCUGCUUCUUGUUCUUCGGCUGUUUUGCCUUCCACAAGUUAUUUUACUCUCUACCCACUUCAACCCAUGUCUUCUUUUCUAUGAUUAUUGAGAGUUUGAUUGCUAUCUCUUUGAUUUAUUUGGAUUCUUCAACUAGCUAGACAGCUAGGGUUUUCCACUACUGCUACUGUUUUAUUUGGAUAUACAGAUAUUAAAGUCUUCUUCUUUAAUUAGAAACUCAUCAGAUGUGUACCAGAGGUCACUGGAGGCCAGCUGAAGAUGAAAAGCUUCGGGAGCUGGUCGAACGAUAUGGUCCUCAUAACUGGAACGCCAUAGCUGAAAAGCUUCAAGGAAGAUCAGGGAAGAGCUGUAGGUUGAGAUGGUUUAAUCAGCUAGAUCCAAGAAUCAAUAGAAGCCCUUUUACAGAAGAAGAAGAAGAGAGGCUUCUUGCAUCUCAUCGGAUUCAUGGGAAUAGAUGGGCUGUUAUUGCAAGGCUUUUCCCUGGUCGGACUGAUAAUGCUGUGAAGAAUCACUGGCAUGUUAUUAUGGCGAGAAAAUGCAGAGAAAGAUCCAGACUUCAAGCUAAAAGAGCUGCUCAAAAUUUAGUUAACGAUCAUAAGCUUUCAUCUUCUUCUUCAUCCUCCAAACAAGAUCGUGUGUUGUUCAAUUCUGAAACUGGAAAUAAUCUUGCUUCUUUUAUCGAUAAAUACUACUGCGAUAGAUAUUACAAUCAGUAUCCUUUCCCUCACAACUAUCUUCUGCGGCCCUUUUGCCAAGCCAGUGAAAAUAAUCCAAGUCUCUGUGAAGGCAAAAAGCAGGCCAUAGAGUUUUAUGAUUUUCUGCAAGUGAACACAGACUCUAGCAGAAGUGAAGUAAUAGACAAUGCCAAAAGGGAUGAUGAGGAAGUAGAUCAACAAGCCAUGGAACAGCAGAGAAAAGCUGGUUUGCAAUUCAUUGAUUUUUUGUCGGUCGGGAAGUACUCUUCAUAACAAAAGCUCGUCUUCAGAUGAAGAAAUUGCCUACAUGGAAUAGCGGCGAUAGGAUUUAAAUUCUCGUCGCGACGAUGAUGAUGGUGAAGAAUUAACCUUAGAUAUAUACAUUGUCAGCAAACAAAACUAAUUUAAGGAAUAUAUACAUAUGUACAUGUAGGUAAGCAUGCAGAAUUUGUAUGCAGAGGUAUAGAAAGCAAAGCAAAGCAAAGCAAAAGCUUCAUGUGCAAGAUGUUAAUGUGAAACUCAUAUAUACGAUUAAGGCUCAAAUCCUCCGAUUCUACCAUUUUAAUUUAUUGGUUUUC